AAAAAAAUUGUCUAAUAAAAGUGAGCAGGCGCUUCGCCCUAUCCGCCCGCCUCAGAGCACAGCUCACCCUGCGCGGGUGCAUAUAUAUAAGUUGGUCCUCGACCUCGCUUCGUUUCCUGCAAAUCCGCGAGCUUGUUCAUUCUCUCUUCUCCUAUCUUUCAUCUUAAUAAUCUCAAGAAAAUGGGAGAGAAGUCCAAGCCCGCUGGUGGUGUCUGGCCAACUGUCAAACCUUUCGUCAAUGGGGGGUGCUCCGGUAUGCUUGCAACCUGUGUUGUGCAGCCCAUCGACAUGAUCAAGGUAAGAAUUCAACUGGGUCAAGGAUCUGCAGCGGAUGUUACCAAGAAUAUGCUCAGAAACGAAGGGUUUGGUGCUUUUUACAAGGGUUUGUCUGCUGGACUUCUUAGGCAAGCUACAUAUACAACCGCCCGGCUUGGAACAUUCAGACUCCUGACAGAGAAGGCUGUGGAGGCGAAUGCGGGGAAACCUUUACCUCUAUAUCAGAAGGCAUUGUGUGGGCUAACCGCAGGAGCAAUAGGAGCAUGUGUGGGGAGUCCUGCUGACCUGGCACUCAUCCGUAUGCAAGCCGAUGCCACCUUACCUGCUGCCCAACGCCGGAACUACACGAACGCCUUCCAUGCACUGUAUCGCAUUGUUGGCGAUGAAGGAUUCUUAGCCCUUUGGAAGGGCGCUGGGCCAACUGUAGUGAGGGCAAUGGCAUUGAACAUGGGGAUGCUUGCUUCUUAUGAUCAAACUGCAGAGUUCCUUAAAGGUUCUAUGGGCUUGAAUGAGGUUCCCACUGUGAUAGGAGCUAGUGCAGUUUCAGGGUUCUUUGCAGCAGCUUGCAGCUUACCCUUUGAUUAUGUAAAAACACAAAUCCAAAAGAUGCAACCAGACUCGUCAGGGAAAUACCCCUACACUGGAUCUUUUGAUUGUACUUUGAAAACACUCAAGGCUGGUGGGCCCUUUAAAUUUUACACAGGAUUCCCGGUAUAUUGUGUAAGAAUAGCUCCUCAUGUCAUGAUGACGUGGAUAUUCCUUGAUCAAAUCAAGAAGGCUGAGGCGAAGUUGGGAUUAUAGAUAAGAAUUGCGGCAAAGAACUGCCACCUGAGCGAAUCAUUUCUAUCGUAAAAUAAUAAUAUUAGCCAUGACUAGUAAUGUUUUUCAUUAGUUCCUACAACAGCUGAGGGAUUGAUUCAAGAUUUUUAGACUGCAGUGAUUGACAUAUGGACUCCAAGUUGUAAUCGGCUAGGGAGCUGCAUUUUUUCAUACUUCUGCGAUGGGUCUUUGACAAGAUCUCUUAUUGAAUAUUCCCUGAUAUGGAGAAUAAGAUCUAUGCACUUUUAUUCUAA